GGCACUUGGAAGGGUGCCGCUAGGCGCCACAGGGGCUGACGCGAUGGGCACCGUUUCGGCCUCCGCGGAAAGGGCUGGCAGACCGUUUCUCAACAACACCUCGUCCUGAGUUCACCCAUACUCUGUCCAUUCUCGGCGAAUCAACUCAGUCCCAUCGAUGCGUACCGACGCUCCUUCUGUCUAAGUCACGUAUUGAAACCCCAAAUAAGAACAAUCGAGGUUGUAGCAGAGCCGUCACAGUACCGCCCAUACCAAUGCCAUGCGGGCAACUUGAUCAGCGCCGUGCUGGACACCGCUGCGCCUCUUGCAAGAGGUUACAUGCAAAGUGUAACGGUGGCCGGCCGUGUUCUAAUUGCGUAGCUCGCGGCCUGAAGUGCGCCUCAACGGAAUCGUCCGCAGGCUUUCAGUUCGUCCGGCAGCAAGCCUCUUCAGUCCCUCGAGCGCUGGUGCAAGACUCUUGGAAAUACAUCAGCACAUACUUCCAGUCCGUUGGAUGCUUGACUCAGGCGUCCGUAAUGCGGAGUGCCAGUGUGACAGAACUCUCCCAUAGUGAUGAGAACGUCAGUCGCAUGUUGUCAAUUAUGGGUGGUCUCUACGCCUGUCAGAACCCUCACGUACUGCGAGUAAGCCCGAAAGAAAGAAAGGCACUGUUGGGUACAUGGGUAAAACAAAAGACUUUGAUGGCGACAGAGUUGAAGAAGCCCGACUCAUCGUCCUUCAGCUCGGUCCUACUAAGCACCCUCCUAUUGGCAGUAAUCGAGCUGGUCCUUUGUGCCGAAGAUGGGGCGUUCCAGAAAUGGCUGCAAAGAAUCUCGGACUACAUUGCACAACAUCUAAGGGCAAAAAGCUAUGCAGGCUUGACCCAGUUUGAAAGAAGUUUGAUCCGAUUUUUUAAUUUUCUCAACACGCUCUCGGCUAUUGCCCUUAACUUGGAGCCAUCAGAACGUCUGGUGGAGUUGGAAAUUUCAUCGUCACGUCCAAUCGCCCCUGGAACCAUCUCAGACGAAGACAAAAUAGACGAUAUGAUCUCAUCCCUCAAUCAGUGGGCUAGAGUGCAGUCAAGGAUGGUUGAGUGGGCCCUCAAGUCGGAGAAGAGAACCCCGAAAUUCCAGUCUGAGAAAGAAAACUACCGGGAAGCCAUAGACCUCAAGGUACAGGGCCUCGACAUCAUCUGCGAGGCAUCGGCUUUACAGGCUCGUGUCAUAAAUGAUCUCCUUCAACUUUCAGAAGAGCCCGAUAACCAGGUCUCCAUAUGCAUCACUCCUUACUACCAUUGGACUCUCACUGGCUUAUCUCACCGGUUGUAUGACGAAGCCUGGAAAUCACUCAUGUGCGAGCUACCGGUUAUGCCGGCUGAAGCACUUCAUCAGCAAGCGCUAGUUACGCUAAGCUGCGUUGAAACGCUUGCCCGUCAGUCCGGUUUUGAUGUCGCGCUCUACCUGCCUUUCGCCGACUUCAUAGGAAGAGAGAUGGAAACCCCGACGGAGCAGACGCGGAUACUUGCGUUCCUAGAAAUCGUCAGAUGUCGCGGCUUUGGACUGGCGAAUGAGUACAGGAAAGGCUUGCUGGAGACUUGGGGAACUGCCGCACCAGAUGAAGUUUCUCAACAUUUGUUGAUCUGUGAUUCGAAUCGUGGAGGACCCGGAAGCUAGGUUGACAACAACGCGACAAAAGAUGUUAAAUUUGAUGUCUUAAAAUAUGCAAGUAUUGCUAGUAAGAUCCAAAAUGUCCCGCUUUUUAUUCAGAGGCGAGACUGCCUCACUAUGAGCAAAAGCCAGAGUGGAAUUUUAAAUCUCAC